GCGACGCCGAUGGUCGCGUAGACGUUAUUGGAGUUUGUUAUCAAGGAUUUUCUCUCUGGUAUUACGAAUCAUUUUUCGGUGGAGUAGAACAAGAAGUAACCGGCUAAUUAGAAGCGAAUGACGCGAUGGCUAUCACCGAACUGGCCACGGAGCAGGCAUUCGAUGACUUUGUCAAGUCCCAGGAACUUUCUGUCGUACACUUUUAUGCACCCUGGGCAGAGCAAUGUUCCCAAGUAAACGACGUAUUUGAGGAGAUGAUCAAGCUGGAGCAGUAUAAGGAAGUAAAGUUUGCUAAGAUUGAAGCAGAAAAUGUACCCAAAGUGUCUCUAAAGUCUGGAAUAGCUGCUGUACCCACGAUUCUUCUGCUGCGGAACAGUAAUGUGAUAAGCAGGGUGGAUGGUGUCAAUAUAUCUGCAUUGACUGAAAAGAUCAAGCAUCAUCUAAACAACAAGGAUGCUCUACUGCUCGACGCGACAAAAACAAAGGAAACUCUUGAGAAUAAAUUGAAGAAAUUGGUGAAUCAAGCACCAUGCAUGUUGUUCAUGAAGGGAAACCCUGCAAAUCCACGGUGCGGUUUUUCCAGAACAAUCGUUUCUAUUCUGGAUAGUUACAAGACAGAUUACAAAUCGUUUGACAUAUUACAGGACAAUGAUGUUAGGGAAGGACUUAAAAAAUUUAGCAAUUGGCCAACGUAUCCGCAAUUGUAUUUGAACGGAGAUCUUAUCGGUGGAUUAGAUAUAGUAAAAGAGAUGAAUGAGUCGGGCGAAUUAGAAAGUAUGUUACCAAAGAAAGACAGUGUCGAUGCCAAGUAGAUCUCUACAUUUAAAUGGAAUUUUAUUUGGCAUUAAGUCUCGAAUAUAAAUAAUGAUGUAUAA